CGCCAAUAAACCUCAGAAGAAGAAGAAGACCGCAACAGCACGUGUUUUAUUACGUCAGUGGGAAAAGGAAAAGAACAAAAUGGAGGAGUACGCGAGGGAGCCUUGCCCCUGGAGGAUAGUGGACGACUGUGGGGGCGCUUUCACCAUGGGGGCCAUUGGUGGAGGGAUCUUUCAGGCCGUCAAAGGCUUUAGAAACUCUCCCUCAGGAAUGAAUCACAGAAUGAGGGGUAGUUUGACAGCCAUAAGGACCAGGGCUCCACAACUAGGAGGAAGCUUUGCUGUGUGGGGUGGCCUCUUCUCCAUGAUUGAUUGUGGGCUGGUGAAGGUGAGGGGCAAAGAAGACCCCUGGAACUCAAUCACAAGUGGUGCGAUGACAGGAGCCAUUUUAGCAGCAAGAAAUGGACCAGUGGCCAUGUUUGGCUCUGCUGCAAUGGGAGGUAUACUGCUUGCAUUAAUAGAAGGUGCAGGAAUCCUGCUCACAAGGUUCACCUCUUCACAAUUCCCAACUGCCCCACAGUUUGCAGAAGAGCCUGCUCCCAUGCCUGCUUCAUCAUUUGGAGACUAUAGACAGUACCAAUGAGAACCCUCUAUAACUCAAGGCCUUUUCUCAUUCCAUGAACUCAUCUGAGACACUGAAGUUACAGUGUGGACCUUGUUCAUCAACAGCAUGCCAUCAACCACGAAUGACUGUGACGAAGGGAAUAUGAAGGGCAAACACUAUUAUUCCUGUUAUAGCGUAUGCCUUUUGCUAUUCUCAGCCUUGUCAUUGUCCUCUGGGUCACCCUAUUUAAGUGAAAAGGAAAUCAAACUCAGACCUGUUUUUUCAUCUACAUGUUCUGUGUUUUUGUUUUCUGUGACCUCAUUUUGUUGCUGACACAGCUGGAAAUGUUUGAUGAAGCAAUAGGUAUACUGUUUGUUCAUGUUGAGCCCCAAUCAAUUGGCUGUAUAAAGUGUGUUUGUUGCGUGUGUGAAUGUGUUAAUACAAUUGUGUGUGUUUGUGUGUGCAUUAGAGUUUAAUACAUGCCUGUGUACUGAUUGUUUGCCUUAAUGUAAACCUUCUCAUGGGCUUCAAGAAGAUCGUAUAUAUAGUGGGGAUUUUUAUUGACUGGUCCAUGCCAAAUCUUCUUUUGCAAAGUAUGUUCCUUCACAAUUUACUUUUUGAAGUAGCUAUUUAUUUUCUAGUACAACUUCCUUGUUUCAAGAUGUUAUGCUAUAUUGUACUUUUAAAUAUUUCUCUAUAGUGAAUAUUAGGGGUUUUGUUUAAAUGCAUCAGAGAAAAAGUUGAUGAAUGGACAGAGUUGUCUCUUCUGGAGGAUAUAUGAGCCAAUUUAAGCGAAGAAACAUAAAUAAACUAGUUAUUACCA